UGUUAUUUGUUGAAUACCAGCAUUAAAGUGUUCAAAUAACAAAUUUAAAUCAUACAGAUUAACUAACACAACAAGGCCCCAACAUGCAAGCUCAGACAUCGAUCGCCACGCUGCUACUGAUCGCUGUUUUAGUGAAAGAAGGAUCCGCAAUCUGGUGUUACCGUUGCACAUCUGCGACGCCUGGUUGUGCGGACAAUUUUAAUUGGCGAGGUAUAGGAUUUCUGGGCGAACAAUGUCCGGAAAGCGACGACGUUUGUGUGAAAGUAGUCGAACGACGAGGCGCCAAGGAAACCAUAACACGGGAUUGCUUGAGUGCGCUCAAUUUCCGUACGGAUAUACCUGCCGACAAAUACGAAGGUUGUCGUCCAGCCGCAAAGGACGUUCGUCUGGCACAUUACGUUAAUCAUACUAUUAAGGAGCAUGAUGUGAAGCGCGACUACUUUACAGAUACAACAUUCUGUUUUUGCUUCCUCGAUCACCGCUGUAACGGAGCUACUGGGCUGCAGAAAUCUGUCCUAGCCCUAAUCAGCGUAUUUGCGCUGCUGUUCUGCACUCAAUAAUCCGCAAUCCACGCAUGCGAGCUCGCAAUCAAGUGGUACCAAAGUGCCUUAAAAGUGAAGAAAGUAUGAUUAUAGUUCGAAUCUCGUGCAGCCUUUUUCCGUCCACGCAUUUUAUAAAAUUUUUACUUUUGUAUUAGUACUUUUUACAAUACAUUUUUAUUAUAUAACAAAUAUUAUUAGAAA